UCUUACAUGAUGAGAAAGACAAUUCGUGAUUCUCCGUUAAGCAAUAUGUUUUAAAUCUUGUGCCUAAGAUGAAUAAAAAUCGUAAGAUCGAUUUAAACUGAUUCGACGGGAUAAUUGUUAAAAAUAUAAAUCAACUAUAAAUUCAGUACACAUAUAUGUAGUGAUUGAGGGCGCGAUCAGUAUUUUCUUGCAAUACGAGUCCAAAAUGUCAGACAUCGAUAAAUGGAUAGAGAUUGCAAAAGAGUGCAAGUACCUUCCUGAAAAUGAUCUUAAGAAACUUUGUGACAUAGUAUGUGACUUAUUACUAGAAGAAUCAAAUAUUCAACCAGUGUCCACUCCAGUAACUGUAUGUGGAGAUAUUCACGGCCAGUUUUAUGAUCUAGAAGAAUUAUUUCGUAAUGGAGGCAAUGUGCCUGAUACAAAUUAUAUAUUCAUGGGUGAUUUUGUAGAUAGAGGGUAUUACAGUUUAGAAACAUUUACCCGCCUACUUACACUUAAAGCUAAAUGGUCUGAUAGAAUAACAUUGCUUCGAGGAAAUCAUGAAUCCAGACAAAUUACUCAUGUUUAUGGUUUCUAUGAUGAAUGUCAAAACAAAUAUGGCAAUGCUAAUGCAUGGAAGUACUGCUGUAGGGUAUUUGACUUGCUCACAGUUGCUGCCUUAAUCGAUGAACAAGUACUUUGUGUACAUGGUGGACUAUCCCCACUUAUUAGAACACUAGAUCAAAUUAGAACGAUUGAAAGAAAUCAAGAAAUCCCACAUAAAGGUGCUUUUUGUGAUUUGGUCUGGUCGGAUCCAGAAGACGUCGAAACAUGGACUGUUAGUCCGCGCGGGGCUGGUUGGUUAUUCGGGAGUAACGUAACAUAUACAUUCAUGGAAGUCAACGACCUUAAACUUAUUUGUAGAGCUCAUCAAUUGGUUCACGAAGGUUAUAGAUACAUGUUUGACGAUAAACUUGUAACAGUGUGGUCGGCUCCGAAUUAUUGUUACCGUUGCGGUAACGUAGCUAGUAUUUUACAGUUCACAACUGUCGAUCAAAGAAGCCCAGUGCUAUUCCAAGCAGUGCCUGAUUCUGAAAGAGUAAUUCCACCUUUAACCACCACACCAUAUUUUUUGUGAUCUAACUUAGUGGUCUAUUCACUUGGAUGCAGAAAGGUGGUAUCUGCGUUUAAGAUUUACGGAAUUACAUGACUGUUUCUUCAUGUUAAUGGACACAGGCUGGUACUAUGACGGAGCAUAAAAUUUACAGAAGUAUAUCGGAGGAUGAUUAAUUAUCCGGAGUUUUAGUUUUAAAAUAAAAUUUUUUUAUGUUUUUACGAGAAAAAAAAGAUGUAUCAAUUAGAAAUCGGAAUUAUCGUGUGAUUAUCUGUUCAGGGAAAAUGUUCUUACACAUUUUUUAGGAAAUAUACCAAUUUUUGUAUGUUGGAGAAGUUAACUUUUAUACAUAGUGCGCCUGCCAUUGCAUCAGCCUGAUUUCUCUAGUUUGAAAACUGUUUUACAUUGAAACAAAUGUAAACACUCUGUGGUCUAGACGCUUUUGCUGUCUGUUGUGUACAUUCUGCAGAGCAUUCGUAUCUCAGAGCAGUAUUGUGAAUGUAUUGUUCUAAAGGCCGAGAGCUUUUAAGCAAGCUACGGAACGUAAACAACAAAAGUGCGGUUCAUUAGUGUACGAAUGAAUAUAAAUGAAAAACCAUUUAAACAUUUUGGCAAGUGCGAGUCUCUGAGCACAGUGAAUGCUUUAUUGAUAUUACGAUCGUUGCGCGUAGAAUUCAGGUUUAUUAAAGCGUGAGCAUAUACGGAAUGCGCCCGAAUAACAUGUAUAAGUAAACGGAAAGUGAUUCCUUAUGAGAGAAUAAGGAAAAAAAUAUAAACAUAAAUUUUUUUCGUUUAUCGACUUAGUAUACGAUAUUAUAAAUACACACUUACGGCUAAGAUACGACUCACCUAGCGAUGCAUAAUGUCUACCGUAUUUGUAAAUAAUGUUUACACGAUAUUUACAAGUUACUCCAUUCCAGAAAGAAGAAAGAAAAAUACAUUUUAUUAACUAUUUCGUUUGUUGUUAAUUACAAAAUUGCUAAAACUGAUUGCCUUGUUCCUUUAUGAUUAACAAUUUCUCUUCAUAUGAUAUCACUCCAUAAAUAAAAAUCAAGAAUUGUAAGGUCGUACGAUCUUAAUCCAACGUUGAUCGUUUUCAUUCAACAAAUUUUUUACUCGCGUCGAAGUAUGGCAGAGAUCAUGUUUGAAAAUUAAUUCGUCGAAUAUUAUACAUCUGAUAACGUUGACUAUUCUUCGCGUAAAUAAUGUAAAUAACACUUGAAAAUGUAUUGCGUUGCAUGUGGAUUUCUACUUAAGUGUUAUUAUGAAUGUUGAAAUCACCAUCUCUAGUGAAUUGUGCUUUGUCCGUCCACAAAAUGUACGGCAUAAUUUCCGAGUUACUAUCGCGUCGAAUCAGAGAAAAAGCUGAGAAAAAGCUACUUGUGCUGUGACUUGGUCGUAAGCGUGUGUACAAACGGAGUAAAUUAAAUUCGAUUACCUGGAAAACUAUGCCGUAAACAAACAGUAUUUUAUACUUUAUUAUCUUUCAUCUCACAAGGGAUCUAACAUCCUUUCCGCUUGUACAUGUUAUCCGAACGAACUCGGUAUAUUAUUGUUAAGGUCUUCCUGAGUACGUAAUUAAUCCGUUUCUGGUUUAGAUACUGUGUGUGCUGCGUGCAAUUCUUUUUAUACUAGAUGUGCAAUCAGUGUUCUUAGCAGCAUAAAUUCGGCCAUUUUGCCGAGGUACAAAUAGUAUGUAGCAGUAGCCAAAGUUUUCCUGCCUAGGUAAGGGAAUACAGUAGAACAAUUGUAUUAUAUAAUAGAAUUCUCGUUAUUAUUUUACGCGCAUGACAAUUGUACAUUUUGAUUCUCGUCUUCGUUCUUAUCAUAAGCAUAAUAACGUCGCUUGAAAAAAAAAAAAACCGUUCUAAACCGUUCAAAUUUCUUUCAGAUCGAUCGGCCUUUUUGUCAGCCACGUUUCGCGUUUGCGUGUACAGGAGCAAUAGGUUGAAUAUUAUUAUAUAUUCCCCGGGGGAGGGGCGACUUUGUACGGUUCCCGCAUUGUAUGCCAAAUUGCUGUUGUACUGAGUAAUUGUAAUAACUAGAUCGUCAUAAGUUCAUUAAUGUAGGGAGCAAUUUUUAAGAACCGAGACCUUUAGCAACGUGCCUCUAAAUUAAUAAGCGUUUGUGUAAUAUAAUGAUACGAUAUUGAUACAUAAUUAAUGGGAACGCAUUGGCCAUUGCGUAUCGUAAGCCUGAAUUCUGACCAUCGAUUUGUUAGCCCACGAUAUUCCUAACCGAUCACAGACCCGAACGAAUACGGCAUUCGCAUUGGCAUUGGCAUUGGCACUGGCACUGGCUGUCAAGUUGAGACUACUAUAUUUUGAAUUUUGUGAUAUAGUUCGAGCGAGGCAUGUGAAAAUUGCGUCGACGUUUGUAACGAUUUUCCAUGUCGGGGAUCGUUUUAAAGAUGUUUUGAAGACUCGUUAUUUCAAGAAGUAUAAGCCAACAUUUGAACAGUGCCUUCAGAACUAUAACACGACGGUCUAUUAGAAGUAAAUACUUUCUACUGACGGAUAAUCAUAGACGAACUAGGACGGAACAUAUAAAUAACAGAGAGCUUAAACAAGGGGAUGGCGUGUAUAAGGAAUUUCUCUUCACUUUUUUAUAUUCCAGGAAAUGAUCGCUAACAAUCCCUCUAAUCAGGUCUCGACGUUAUCGUCGCGUGAGAUAUUUCGGCAUCCAAUUCGAUUGCUUUACAUGAAUCCUUUUUACAUUUUACAAUAUUAUCGAUACGAAAGAAGAA